CGCCAGAAACUUUGGUUUUUUUUCUGACUUUUUCUUUGCUCUCGCUGCGGCAGCCAUCCCGCCCUUCGUCGUUCUUUACCUAUCAGUCGACACUGACUAUUCACCACCAUGGGGGCUAAUCUUUCGAAGGCGCUGGGGAAGAUUUUUGGGAACAAGGAAAUGAGGUUGUUAAUGUUGGGGCUUGACGCUGCCGGGAAAACUACUAUUCUUUACAAACUCAAGCUGAAUCAAUCUGUUACUACUAUUCCAACCGUUGGUUUCAACGUGGAAACGGUGACCUAUAAGAAUGUCAAGUUCAACGUCUGGGAUGUCGGAGGUCAAGAUAAGAUCAGACCUCUAUGGCGGCACUAUUAUACCGGAACACAAGGCCUCGUUUUUGUGGUCGACAGCCAAGACCGGGAACGUAUUGACGAAGCCAAGCAAGAGCUGCAUCGAAUCUUGAGCGAUCGAGAGAUGAAGGAAUGCUUGCUCCUUGUUUUUGCGAACAAGCAGGAUCUUCCAGGAGCAAUGUCACCAGCGGAAGUGACAGAAAAACUUGGUUUGCACAGAAUGAGGGACCGCUCGUGGUAUGUGCAUCCGAGUUGCGCCACCACAGGUGAAGGUCUGUUUGAGGGUCUCCAAUGGCUUUCGCAAAACGUCAAGAAGCGCCAGCCAUGAUUGCUCAUUUCUUUAAUUUUGAUAUCUUCUUUUACACUUUUCCUGGCUUUUCUGACCCUUUCCACUCUUAUGGGAUAUCCUGUUGUGCAUACAAUUCCCCCUCUCUAAAUACCCUUGUCUACUACUCAUGGCCAAGCACGAACACGUACGAACGGACAUUUUUUACCCAUGUCCAGCACGUCCUAAACCAUCAACCAUAUACACCCUCUCCGUCUCUCAGUAGUAGAUAUCUCUACGGUGAUUCUUAAUAUUUGCUCUAAUGGAUGAUUGGCUUU